AUGGCAUUAAACGACAAAAUAAAGAUAGACAUCAGGACGAAGCCCACUCCCUCAACUGUAUCGAGGUCGAGAUCUCCUCUGCCACAUGUGCAUUUAUUCUCACUGGCUAGUUACAGAGAAAGAUCCCCAGACACAUUGCAAGAAUCUGAAAUUGAACGACAAAACAAUACCUUGAAUACCCUGACCUCAAAUGAAAAGGGUCUUGAUCAAUCAUCUGAGGACCAAAAUGCUCGAGGUAGAUCAAGAGAUAGAACGUCGAUUCCUGUGGUAGAGGAACUAUGUGAUAAUGAUGAAAUGAUUAGUUUAAUGGGAUUUGGUGGGUUUGGGACUACGAAGGGAAAGCAUGUUAAGUCAACGAAAGGGGGAGGUGCUAAGAGUGAUACGAAGCCAGAAUACAGACAAUAUAUGAACAGAACAAAAGGUUUCAAUAGACCACUUUCGCCAAAAAGGAAAUAA